UUCCGGAAUGUGAACAUCGUGGAGAACACCGCGUUGUAUUAUAAAUAGUAUGAUUAUUUUGAAAAAAAUACCAAAGCAAAGCAAAAAAAAUCUAAGUGAAAGAAAAGAAAACUUUAAUUUAUUUAUUCUUCAAUAUUUAUUGCACUGAGUUUGUAAAAAUCUAUUAGCAUCUCUAAUCUCAUAAUAAAUAUUUCCUGUUGAGUCCCGUGUUCGUAUUUUGGAGUUUAAAGGAGUAACAUUAAUUUAAAUUUCCACCCGUGGAAAUCAUUUUUAAACAUGGAAGACAUAACAUCAAAAUUAAUCGACAAUACCAACAGAAAAUGCUCAUCAGCCGAGCAUAUUAAAUCUAGGU